GAGGAAACACCCGAAGAGGUGGCCAUCAUCAAACCCCCGACGAGGAAACACCUCAUGAGGACGAGUCUCAUUCAUCCCAACUUGAUAAGAAAGGUCAAUCUCUCCUUAUGAAAAACAAUUACACAAAAUGGAAGGAAACGACAAACAAGAUGUGGUGGGCAACUUGCCACCAUUGUUACGAAAAAAUUGCUUGGUCCUGGUGGAAUCCCGGACCGGUGCCGGGCCUUAAGACCAACAAGUUAGUACCGGUCGGGCCAGUCCCGGGUCCCGGCCCGGACCAGGUCCGCUCCUACCCUAUCCCCCAGUAGGGGGUGCGCGCAGCAGGGCCUAGUUUGAAUUUGGACAGUCAUUCUUAUCAAAUUCGUAUUGAAGUGAAGUACUAGUAUAUCCAAUUUCGAUCUCGCCUUGAUUCAUUUGCAGCCUGCUGUAAAUUAUUCUCAACAAACUGUGUACGAAUGGCUGAAAUAAAUUAUUAGUGGGUGGUAUUUAUAUACGGUAAUACGGAGUAAUCAGAUUGGAGCAGGUUGUGCGUACGAUAGACUGAAAAUGGCAUAUAAAUAAAGUCUCCGGUUGGCCAGAUAGGGUGGGGACUGGGGAGGGCCAAGGUGAAAUCCGGGUUGGAAAUCCCUUCUGCGUUCGGAGCAUCCGGAAAGGAAAACGAGAACAAACAAAUAUUCAUCACGGAGUUCAAUCAAAUCAUUUCUAUUUCUGACGGACGGAUCACAUGGGUCUUUCUUGUUGAAAUCAAUUCAUUUUCCUCUCCUGAAAGUCAAAGAUCGCGAACUCGCAUUUGAUUCGUAGCUUUAAGGAGAGCAGAGUAUCCCUCUUUAUUUGGUUCAUCAUUAUUUCUGAUAAGGGAAUCUCGGGUUGGAUUUCCAAUCGGAAUAUCAUUUUCUUUGGUCUGCCUCCUGGGAUUUAAGAGCCCCUUGCCCCUCUCGCUUCUUCUCUGUACCUCGCUGUCCUCGUCAACCGGAGCUUCUUAUUUGUUCCAUCCAUCAGUAGUGCAGAUAUGCAGUGUCAGCUGGUUUGCAACGGGUGCAGGACUACUCUUCUCUAUCCAAGAGGAGCCUCAAACGUCUGUUGUGCAGUGUGCAAUGCCCUCACACCUGUCCCGCCUCCUGCAAUGGAAAUGGCUCAACUCAUAUGCGGAGGCUGUCGAACGCUGCUGAUGCAUCCACGUGGUGCUACUAGUGUGAGAUGUUCAUGUUGUCACACAGUUAACCUUGUGCCAGUACCAAACCAGUUUGCUCAUAUUAACUGUGGAAGUUGUCGUACAAUGUUGAUGUAUCCAUCUGGAGCUCCCUCUGUUAAGUGUGCAUUGUGUCACUUCAUUACUAAUGCUAAUGGGUAGAUUCACGAGUGCCGAGUCCAUCCCUCCCCCCCAAUGGAUCUGCUAAUCCAACUUCAGCAACAACACCUUCGUCAACUGCUACACUACGCCCACAUAAUCAAACUGUAGUUGUUCAAAACCCCAUGUCUGUUGAUGAAAGCGGAAAAUUGGUGAGCAAUGUUGUUGUCGGUGUGACAACACCAUAGAAUUGGCUGCAGCAGUGAAACAUCAAUUUAUGGAAUGGUUCUUACGAGGACUCAUCCCACCAUGAAAACGUCUUAUUAUGAGAACUUUCAAUCUUCACCUUUUAUUUGCCAUUCAAUGGCUAGCACUCAUAACUCAUAAGGUUGUAUUUCUGUAACUGUCCUAAAUUCAGACCUGGUUAUGUUGAAAGUAUUUGAAAAUAAUUAAAAUGUGACAUUGUCAAUAUUAGCCAUUGAUUAGAUAUAUAAAAGAUGUAGAUCACAAGUUCUCGUUUACAACAUGUUCUCAUGGUAAAGUGGGUUCUCAUGUAGACCAAAAGUUGAAGUCGGCCAUCUUGCUUUAUUGCUCAAUCAGAUGAAUAGAGUGAUAUAGAUAUGAUGGUGGAUUUAUAAUGUUGUAACAUUUGGUGUUCAUACUGUAAAGAUGAUAUGAAGAUUUUGGAUGCCGUUUUGACUUGAGAUUUCUUUGAUUAUUUGUAAUGUACUCAUUUGCUUGUUGUGGAUGGAUUUUUUCAUGUGAUGUCCUCUACCUGUUAUGUUAAAUACCAUUUGAC